GGUUCGGAGAUCCAGUGCCAGCUCUUCAGGGACUUCUCCUACAAGGAGGCGGAGGGGCCCCGAGAGGCUUGCACCCGACUCCAUCAUCUUUGCCAUCAGUGGCUUCAGCCAGAAAGGCACACCAAGGCUCAGAUCCUGGACCUGGUGAUCCUGGAGCAGUUCCUGGCCAUCCUUCCCCCGGAGAUGUCCCUCUGGGUGAGGGAAUGUGGGGCAGAGACCAGUUCCCAGGCGGUGGCCCUGGCCGAAGGCUUCCUCCUGAGUUGGCAAGAGGACAAAAGGCAGAGAAAGCAACAGGACUCAAAUUUCUCAGGGGCUAAGAUGUCUUCAGCAGAUAACAGACAGUGGAGGAGACUCAAGGGGGAUGAGGAUGGAGGUGCUACCAUGCAGGGGGCUGGAGGGAAGCUGGCGACGAAGCAUACUCCAUCAUCCUUGCCUCUUGUUUGUGUUCGUUUGAAAUCGGAUCAGGAAAAGGGAAGGAUCACCGCGAAAAUCCAUGCAAAGCACCCAAGGUUCCUGGGUCCCCAGUUCAUCUUCUGGGGUCCAGUGACCUUUGAAGAGGUGGCUGUGGAUUUCACCCGAGAGGAGUGGGUGCUGCUGGAUCCUGACCAGAGGGCUUUACACAAGGAAGUCAUGGAAGAAAACCAUGAGAUCGUGGCCUUUCUCAUUGCAAACCUUAAGCUCAUUUCCGAGAGGGAGCGGAGAGAAAAAUCACAAAGUUUGGACGAAGGGGAGACCUCAGGUCCUCGGUCGGGAAGCUCUUUGGGAUAUAAGCCGGCUGGGUCCUUUUAA